GCGGAGCGGAAGCAGAGCCCCAAAAACCAGGCUGGGAUGGGGGCACGGGGCUGCUGAAAGCAGAGGAAAGGGGGGGGAGCCCAUGAGCACGCCGAAGUCGGAGGCUGCGAUCGAGCGGCCGUCCCCGGGGCCAUGUCCUCGCUGCUGUCCCUCCAGGAGGAGAACCGCAUCCUGCAGCAGGAGCUGUCGCGCCUCGAGGACCUGCUGGCUCAGAGCCGCGCCGAGCGCGAUGAGCUGGCCAUCAAGUACAAUGCCAUCAGCGAGCGGCUGGAGCAGUCCCUGCGGCUGGAAGCGGGCGAGCGGGACGCGGCGGAGAGCCGGAGCCUGGCGCAGCACAACAUCGAGCUGCGGCGGCUGCUGGACGAGGAGCAGGCCGCCUACAAGCGCAAGCUGCAGGCGUACCAGGAGGGCCAGCAGCGGCAGGCCCAGCUGGUGCAGAAGCUGCAGGCCAAGGUGCUGCAGUACAAGAAGAAAUGCGGCGAGGUGGAGCAGCAGCUGCUGGAGAAGGCGACGGAGCUGGAGCAGGAGAGGCUGACGCUGGACAUCAGCGGCUCGCAGCUGGAGGAGGAGAGCAGCAACGAGCUGGAGAACGCGCUGAUCCGGCUGGAGGAGGAGCAGCAGAGGAGCAGCAGCCUGGUGCAGGUGAACUCGAUGCUGCGGGAGCAGCUGGAGCAAGCCAACGUGGCCAACGCGGCGCUGAGCGAGGACAUCCGCAAGCUGACGGCCGACUGGACGCGGGCGCGGGAUGAGCUGGAGCAGCGCGAGGCCGAGUGGAGGCGCGAGGAGGAGUCCUUCAACGCCUACUUCAGCAACGAGCACGGCCGCCUGCUGACCCUCUGGAGGCAGGCGGUGGCUUUCCGCCGCCACUUUGGCCAGCUGCGAGCCGCCACUGAGAGGGACCUGGCGGAGCUGAGCCAGGAGGUGUCCCGCGCCGGCCGUGCCGCCCACGCCGCCUGCGUGCAGCUGGGUGCCCACCUGCGGCUGGCCGAGGGCCGGGCGGGCGCCGCACGGGAGCAGCAGGCGCAGCAGCUGGCGCAGCUGGAGGAGCAGCUGGCGGCACGGGCGCGCGACGCCGAGCUGGAGAAAACCGCACUCGGGGACAGGCUGACGGAGCUGACGGCGGCCCUGGAGCGGCUGCGGGAGGAAGGUGGGGAGAAGGAGCGGGCGGUGGCGGUGCUGACGCUGCAGCUGCAGAAGAUGGAGGCCUCGCGUGCCCAGGAGCCGUCAGUGGAAGAGGUGCAGGCACUGCGCGCAGAGGUGGAGCUGCUCCACCAGACGCUGCAGGACGUCACCCAGGCGGUGCUGGCCGAUGACCCCGGGUCCCCGACGGAGCCUCCCAGGCUCCCCUGCCGCAGCCUCUCGCCCGCUGCGGCCGCGGCCACGCUGGGAGCUGUGCACGGAGCCCUGCGGCGCCGGCACUUCCAGCUGCAGGAGGCCCGGGAGGCGUCGGGGAGCCUGCGGCGGGAGCUGGGGGACAGCGAGAGCCGGCGGGCGGCCCUGGAGCAGCGGCUGGAGCAGCUCAGCACCGAGGCUGGGGGCUGCCGGCGGGCGCAGGAUGAGGCCCUGCGCGAGGCCGCCCGCCUGCGCGCCGACAUUGAGCUCCUCCGCAGCGAGCGGGGCCGCGCGGAGCAGGCGCUGGCGGCGGAGCAGGCGCGGGCGGGGGUCCUGCAGCGCAGCGAGGCCGAGCUGCAGCGCCGCGGCCGGGGGCUGGAGGAGCAGCGGGACGAGGCCGCCCGCGCCGCCGAGGCUGUGCGCCAGCAGCUGGAGCACAGCCAGCAGCAGCUGGAGCAGCUGGAGGGGCAGCGGGCGGCGGCGCAGCAGGAGCUGCUGCAGGCGCGGGAGGCGCUGAGCCAGGCCCAGCUGGAGGCCGAGGUGGCGCGGGGCGAGCGGGCGGCGCUGGACGAGGCGCUGGCACAGGCGCAGGGCAGCAGCGCGGAGCUGGAGGCAGCACUGCGGGAGGCGCGGGCGGAGGCAGCCCAGCUGCGGGAGGCCCUGGCACGGGGCAGCGAGCUGUCGGCCAGCCUGGCCCGGGAUAAGCGAGAGCUGAGCCGGACCCUGGCGGGGCUGGAGGAAGAGCGGGAGGCUGCCGGGGAGGCGACGCGGGUGCUGGAGGGGCUGCGGGCCCGGCUGGGGCAGCUGGAGCGAGGCCGCAGGGAUGUGGAGGCCGAGAGGCUGGGCCUGGAGCGGGCGCGCAGGGCGGCGGAGCGGGGCUGCGAGGGGCUGCGGGCAGAGCUGCGGGCACUGCGCGGGCAGCAGCAGCAGCUGCGGGAGCGGCUGGGGCAGGCGCUGGAGGAGCAGAGCGCGGCGGGCGAGGCGCUGGCACAGGCCCGGGGCGAGCGGGAGAGGCUGAGCGCGGCGCUGGAGCGCGCCACGCAGGAGCGCGAGGGGCUGGCCAAGGAGGCGGCCAGCGUGGCCGUGCAGCUCGCUGCCGCCCAGCGCGACGCCCGCGCCCGCGGCCAGGAGGCGGACGGCCUCAGGGCGGAGAAGGCGGCGCUGGAGACCGGCCUCUUCGAGGCGCAGGAGGAGCUCGGCCAGCUCCGCGCACACAGGCAGCAGCUGGAGGCCGAGGGCCGGGCCCUGCGCGUGGCCAAGGAGGGGCUGCAGGAGGAGCUGGGCGCUGUGCGGCAGCGGCUGGCGGCGGCGGAGCAGGAGGCGGUGACCCUGCGCGGGACCCAGGUGGCACGCGAGGACGAGCUCGAGCGGCUCCGGUGCGAGAAGCGGGAGCUGGAUGCGGAGCGGGGCCGGCUGGUGCGGGAGCAGGAGGAGCUGGCGGCCGAGCUGGCGGCGGCGCGGGCGCAGCGCGACGAGGGGCUGCUGCGUGCCGAGAGCGAGAAGCAGCAGGCGCUGGCGCUGCAGGAGGAGGAGAAGGCGGCGCUGGCGGGGACGCUGGCGGGGCUGCAGCAGAGCCUGGCCGAGGCCACAGCCGAGCUGGAGCGGCAGCGGCACGAGGCCACCGGGCGCCAUGAGCAGCAGCAGAGCUUGGCUGCGGAGCUGCACAACCUGCGGGCGCAGGCGGAGGCCGCGGCGGAGGCCCACGAGCGGGAGGCCAAGGCUCUCCGCGAGCAGGUGACGGCGGUGGCCAAGCAGCGCGACGGCGCCCUGCGGGAGGCGGAGGAGGUGCGGGCGCAGCUGCAGCUGGUGGCGGAGGCGCGGGCGGCGGGGCAGCAGGCGCUGCUGGAGGCCCAGCGGGCGGCCCAGGAGAGCCGGGAGGGCCGCGAGGCGCAGCGGAGGCAGGCGCAGGAGGCGCGCAGGGCGCUGGGCGACGAGGCCAGGGAGAAGGAGGCCCUGCGGCGCUCCAACGAGGAGCUGCGGGCGGCCCUGCGGCGCGCUGAGGGCGAGCGCAUCAGCCUGAAGCGGGCCGGCGAGGAGAAGGAGCAGCGGCUGGCGCUGCUGGCGGGCGGGCAGGCGGCGGCGGCCAGGGAGACGGAGAGGCUGCGGGGGGCCCUGCGGCAGCUGGAGCACGACCGCCUCGAGGCGCGCCGCGAGCUGCAGGAGCUGCGCCGGCAGGUGAAGGCGCUGGACAGUGAGAACAGCAAGAAGAGCAGGGAGCUGGAGGAGCUGCAGGCGCGCGUGGCCCUGGAGGAGCAGCGGGAGGAGGAGAGCCGCCGUGAAGCCUUCGGCCUCAGGAGGAAGGUGGUGGAGAGCGAGGCUGGCAUGGAGGCCACCAGGAAGGAGCUCCAGCACCUGCAGCAGAGGCUGUCGGAGGCGGAGGGCGAGUUCCACCAGCGGGAGAAGGAUCUGUCCCGCAGCCUGGAGGAGGCCCGUGGCCAUGAGAAGAAGCUGCUGGCCGAUGCCCGCAACCUGCAGCUGAAGAUGGAGGCGGCGCGGAGCGAAGCGGCCGAGCUGAGCCUGCGCCUGAGCGCGGCUGAGGGCCGGGCGCAGGGGCUGGAGGCUGAGCUGGCCCGCGGCGAGGAGCAGCGCCGGGCUGCCGAAACGCGCCUGGGCAGCCUCCAGUCCGCCCUGCGCCGCACCAUGGGCAUCGGCCGGGCCCGUGCUGCUUCCCUGGGCAAGGGCGGUGCCACAGAGGGGACGGGGACCCCUGGCUCGUCGCCGGACCCCGAUGCGGCCACCGAGCCCGAGGCGGUGCGGGCAGCCCUGCGGGAUUUCCUGCGUGAGCUGCAGGACGCCCAGCGGGAGCGGGAGGAGCUGCGGGCGCAGGUCUGCAGCCUGGGACAGCGGCUGGCAGAGGCAGAGGCGGAGCGGGAUGGUGCCGGUGCCCGGGCGCUGCAGCUGCAGAAGCUGGUGGCUGAGAGUGAGGAAGGGCGGCGGGGCGCCGACGGCAAGCUGGGCAGCGCGCAGGCCGCUCUGCUGCUGCAGGAGGAGACGCUGCGGCGGGGUGAGCGCGAGCGCCGGGCCCUACUUGAGAAGGUGUCGGCGCUGGAGCGCAGCUUGCACGCCGCUGAGGGCGAGCGCCGCUCCGCCCAGCUCUCGGUGGAGCGUCUGAGCACGGUGCUGGCGGCCGAGGCCGAGAGCAGCUCGAAGGACCGUGCCCAGGGCUCGCCGGUGACCGACGGCAGCUCGGCCCCGCAGCGCCUGCUGCAGCUCCAAAGCGCCCUGACCGCCGGCGAGCUCGACCGGCGGAUGCUGCAGGAGAUGCUGGAUGCGGCCCGGCGGGCGCUUUCGGAGGCGCGAGAGGAGAAGAGCACCCUGCGGGAGCAGCUGCGGGUGCUGCGGGGAGAGCGGGCAGCGCUGGAGCUGCGCAAGGAGGAGCUGGAGGCGCAGGUCCGGCGGCUGCAGGAGAUGCUGUUGCAGCAGGAGGAGAAGGAGGCGGCGGCGCUGCGGGGGCUGCGGGCAGAGAAGCGGGGGCUGCAGGAGCGCGUGGGCAGCCUGCAGAGCUCCCUGAGCCAGCUGGAGGCCGAGCGGCGCGAGGCUGAGCGCUCCUCCCUGCGCCUCGAGAAGGACAACAGCGCCCUGAAGAAGACCCUGGAGAAGCUGGCGCGGGAGAAGCUGAAGACGCAGGAGGACUCGCUGCGGCUGGCGGUGCAGAAGGGCCGCCUGCACCGCUCGCUGGGCACGGCCGAGCAGGAGCUGGCGGAGGCGCAGAAGCACAUCCAGGUGCUGCGGGCGCGGGUGUCGGUGCUGGAGCAGAGCCCCGGGGCGGCGCAGCAGCAGCAGCAGCGGGCGCUGGAUGCCCAUGAUCGUGACCACCACCCCCUGGAGCAGCAGGGGAUGAACACGUGCUAUUUCCUGUAA